UAAACUUUUGUUUUUGUUAUUACACAAUUACAAACACAGGUCUAAAGUGGUAUACAGAUACAUGUAUCAUAAAAACUAAAAAUAAAUUUUUAAAUAUUUUUCUUUGAUUAUUCAUUUAUGUAAUUUUUUUUUGCUUAUAAAAAGUAAAAACAGUAUACUUGAGCAGUCUAAAUGUUGGGAAAGAAAUUAAAGAAAUUUAAACAUUUUUCUGCAUAUUAAUGGUCUUAACGUCGACAAUAAUAUAAUUUUUGAUAAUUACCCUCAAAGAAGAUAUGGAAAAAGUAGAGUGUCCAGUUUGCUCAAAAGAAUUACCGGUACUGGUUAUCGAAGAACACGUCAGUCGGUGCUUAUUUUUGAGUGAACCGUCAAAGGUAUUACAAGAAUGCCAAGGUAAUCAGAAAAGGCCGGCUUCAAAAGAAAAAGUAGACAACAGUUUAUCUCUUCCAAAGAAAUCAAAAUUUGACCACAAAAAAGAAGGAAACUGGGAAAAUAAAUUUUCAUCUUCUAUUUCUCAAAAUUUUGAAGAAAAUAUUAACAAAAUGGGUAUUGAUAUUAACAGUAAGAAUGAAGCUCAAAAGAAAAAUGUUUCAGAGAAUAAGUCUCAUCUUCCACUUGCUGAAAAAAUGAGGCCUUCAUCUCUUUCAACGUAUGUCGGACAGGAUCAUAUUCUCGGACCGCAGUGUUUAUUUGAGCAAUUACUGCGAAAAGCAGAAAUACCUAAUAUUAUUCUUUGGGGACCACCGGGAUGUGGAAAGACUUCUUUGGCGAAUGUCAUUGCUGGGAUAUGUAGAGAUGAAAAACAAAAGCUUCGUUAUGUUAAGCUAUCUGCUGCUUCCUCAGGAGUAAAUGAUGUGAAGGAGGCAAUUAGUCUUGCUGCUAAUGAAUUAAAGUUUGGUCGACAAACAGUAAUGUUUGUAGAUGAAAUUCAUCGAUUCAAUAAAUUGCAACAAGACAUUUUUUUACCCCAUGUGGAAUCUGGUAAAAUAACUUUAAUAGGCGCAACUACUGAAAAUCCAUCCUUCAGUUUGAAUUCCGCUCUGCUCAGUCGCUGUCGUGUAAUUGUUUUAGAAAAAUUGUCAACCCAAAAUGUGAUAUUUAUUUUAGAAAAUGCUGUAAAAUUUUUAAAAGGCCAGAUAUCUGAUACUAUUCAAGAUGCUCCAGAUAAUAUGAACUCCAAGUUUUUUAUAGAUUUUGCUACCAUAAAAUGGUUGGCAGAAACGUGCGACGGUGAUGCUAGAAUAGCCCUUGGUGGCUUAGAAUUAGCUUUUCAAUCAAAAGUUUCCGGUUCAAGUUCAAGCCAAUGUAUAAUAACUUUAUGUGAUGUGAAGGAGAGUCUAAAAAAGACACAUAUGCUUUAUGAUCGGAAAGGAGAUCAACAUUAUGAUAUUAUUUCUGCUUUACACAAAUCGGUAAGAGCAAGCGAUGAAAAUGCUUCCAUUUAUUGGUUAGCUCGAAUGAUGUCUGGAGGAGAAGAUCCAGUUUAUAUUGCAAGAAGAUUGGUACGAAUGGCGAGCGAAGACAUCGGUUUGGAGGAUCCAAAUGCAUUAAAUGUAGCAGUUAAUACUAUGCACGCUUGUAAAAUGCUUGGCAUGCCUGAAUCUGAUGUGAUAUUGGCACAAUGUGUGACAUAUUUAGCUAGGGCUCCCAAGUCUAGAUUAAUGGAAGAUGCACUAAGAGCAGCUCAAAGAAUCAUUGCAGAUCAUAAAGGUCCUCAACCUUCUGUACCUUUAGUCCUGCGGAAUGCUCCAACCAGGCUAAUGGGAAAUUUAGGACAUGGAGCGGGUUAUAAUAUGAGGCACAAAGAUCAUUCUGGUUUGUGUUAUCUACCUGAUGAUUUACAAGACAUUAACUUUUUUAAUACGAAAAAGUAAACACGGAGAAAGGAAA